UCAUGAAACUCGGGGAUAAUACGCGCAUCUCUGAGCCGCUUCACACAUAUACGCAUCAAGUUUGAUCAUGUCUGAACAAAUCGAAGAGUCAGCGCCUGAAAAAGCUCCUGCUCCAAAAACAACCAAAACCAAGAAUGCACCGGCGAGUAAGACAAAACCUGCCGUAACUGCCUCUCCAGCUAAAAAGAAGAAAAAGAAGAGCAAGGGGCCCGGCAAGUACAGCCAGCUCGUCAUUGAUGCGAUCCGAACAUUGGGUGAGAAAAACGGCUCGUCCCUUUUCAAGAUAUUCAAUGAAGCGAAGAAAGUGAGCUGGUUUGAUCAGCAGAAUGGUCGCAUGUAUCUGCGCUAUUCUAUCCGCGCGCUCCUGCUGAACGACACGCUCGUGCAAGUGAAGGGGCUGGGAGCCAAUGGUUCAUUCAAGCUUAAUAAAAAGAAAUUUGAGAAAAAGGCAAAGAAAAGUGCAGCCAAGGCGACCAAAACAGAGAAGUCUGAAAAACCGGCGUCCAAAAAAGCUGUGCCAAAGAAAGUGAGUGCAAAGAAGAGCGCCAAAAAGAGCCCGGUUAAAAAGAAGACUUCCACAACCACGAAGAAACCGAGCGUGAAGAAGACGACAACCAAACCGAAGAAAGCAGCUGCCAAAAAGCCAAAAGUCGUGGAGAAGAAAGCGACAAAGGUCUUCUAGAAACAGCUUCCCGGAGUCGCAGACACACCCACUUUAGUUUCUGCGCUGCAAGACGUCAUACUUUUCAGAACUGAAAGCAACACUGCUGCUGUUUUGAUUUUGCUCGCUGCAGUAAAAAAAAAAAAAAUUGGCUACUGGCUUUGAAUUUGUCUGUUUGAUGAAAAUGUUGGUGACGCUUUGUAAAUAGAAUUUAGCAUUAGAAUAUUUUAUACGUCUGUUAGACUACUUCAUCCCUGCAUUGUAUCCCUGAACCUGUCUGCAAAUCUGUAUGUAAAAUAAAACCUCUCUCUCUCUC